AUUCUUUUUUGAUGUUUUACUUUGUAUGCUGCACGCGUGGCCAGUCAAAGUAAUUAAUUUGACAACAUAAGUUUCUCCGUCUGGGCACCAAGGCAAACGCUUCUAUCAAGGAACCAAGGAACCUGAGAACGCUAGUAGUUGGUCUCGGCAUAGACCAGAAUAUACAUAGGUCAUACCCAGGUCACCAGCUUGGGUAGAUAAAGCGAUUCAUAUGAGAGGAGCUGUCAGUAACCUCUCUCUUUCCACCACAUUCCCAUUACCUCCUGUUUGUGCAUCAUGUCAAUCCAAUCUAAACACUUUUUGAAUACACCGGAAUCGCUUGUCCUCGAUUCAUUGGAAGGACUUUGUGCAGUUAAUCCGCACCUUGCUCUUGAUAGUCAAAACAAAGGUGAUCGAUGCUUCUACGAGAUCAUCUCUGACCCCUCUCAAACUGCUGCUCGGUAGUUGUGUAUCUAUCUUCCCGCGAUUCGUCCAAAGUCGCUCUCAUCUGUGGAGGAGGAUCCGGUCAUGAGCCAGCCCACGCAGGAUUCGCGAGGGAAUGCUCUCUGCUGGUGUUUGCGGAAGUGUCUUCGCCUCUCCCAAUGCCAGUCAAGUCCGUCGUGGAAUCAAUCUGGUAGAGAACGACAAAGGAGUCGUGAUCAUCGUCAAAAACUACACUGGUGACGUACUCAACUUCGGCCUUGCUAAAGAGCAAUACGCCGCCUUAAAUCCAACCAAAUCUGAUCGGGCCAAGUUCCUGAUUGUCGGUGACGAUGUUGCUGUCGGCAAGACCCAGGGUAAGAUCGUCGGUCGAAGAGGUCUUGCCGGAACGGUCCUAGUAUACAAGAUCGCCGGAGCCCUGGCUCACAGAGGUGCAAGCCUCGAGGAGGUCUAUGAUAUCGCUCAAUGGGUCGCGUCCCGGAUCGGCACUAUUGGUGUGGGACUUGAGCAUUGUCAUGUACCGGGGACUGCUUCCUCAGAAUCAGCUCUCUCGCCCUCGGAGAUCGAGAUAGGCAUGGGCAUCCAUAACGAACCAGGAAAUCGCCGAAUCUCCCCGGUCCCUCCCCUCCAUGAACUCAUUCCUCAGCUUUUGGAACACCUUCUUUCGACGACUGACCCUGAGAGAUCAUUUUUACCAUUCAAGGGUAAAGGCAAUGGAGACAAGGUUGUGUUGCUUGUGAACAACCUUGGAGGGACGUCUGAGCUUGAGGUGGGUGCGAUCGUCAAGGAAACCGUGAAGGGUUUGAAGGAAGCUGGGGUUGAAGUGGAAAGAGUGUUGUCUGGGACAUUCAUGACAAGCCUAAACAUGCCAGGCUUCUCCAUCACCCUUCUUCUUCUCCCCUCCUCAACAGACACCGACGCACCACAGACCUCCCAGAUCCUGUCCCUCCUCGAUGAAGCUACGAACGCUCCAGGCUGGAAAUGGUCUUCGGGCCUGCCACCUUCCACUAUCCAACAAGCUGCAACUACCGUCCCAUCCGCCGCCGGCGCGGCUCUCCCAUCAGAAGGCGAGAAACUGGCAGCUUCGGAUCCGAGUGCAUUCAUUGACGCUGUGAAGCGUGCAUGCAAAGCGUUAAUCGACGAGGAACCGGAGAUCACUCGUAUGGACAGUAUCGCCGGAGAUGGAGAUUGUGGAUUGACUCUCAAAGCUGGCGCUACUGCCGUGUUGAAGGAGAUCGAGGAAGGAAGGAUCGUUGGCGAUGACGUUGUGGGCUCUGUCAUUGCGGUCUCAAGAGUUGCGGAAGAGCAAAUGGGUGGAACCAGUGGUGCUUUAUACUCAAUUUUCUUCUCCGCGCUAGCCCAAGGCCUCCAAUCCAAUCGCUCUCCUAACACCACCUCAGUCGAUUCAACCCUCUGGGCAUCUGCUGCCUCCUCCGCACUCACGAAACUCUAUACAUACACCCGUGCCCGACCUCCCUCCCGCACUCUUGUUGAUCCUCUCGACGCUUUAGCCUCCAAACUCUCUUCUGGAGAUACUGUGGACUUCAAGGCCGCUGUAGGUGCUGCAGCUGAUGCAGCUUUGAAUACGAGAGAUUUGGAGGCGAAGGCUGGAAGGAGUGCGUAUGUGGAAGGAGAUAGGUUGAAGACCGAGAGAAUACCUGAUCCUGGAGCUUGGGGUGUCAAGGCGAUCUUGCAGGCAUUGGUAAAGUGAAGUAUACUCAGUGGAACGUCUGGGUGAGCAAAUUCUUUCGUUUUUGGUGCCGUUGUAUUGGAAUGCGGACAAUGUUGUAUAAGUGAUAAUUGGAUGUAGGAUUAUUUGUUUGAAUAUGACGUUCACAGUUGGCUAGAACCGUCUGCUCAUCCUCAUGAUUCUAUCCUAAGGAGUCUGAAGGGACAAGAGAUUCGGCAUAAAUGUCCGACCAAUCGUUACCCUACCGCUAAAUUACUUCCUAUCAUCUAAGUAUAUCAAAAGUAUACCCUACCAGGGGGGAGGGCAAAUCAAAGAAGUCUGACUGGCGUCUGGAUUCUGCUAAGUCUGACUGCGUGCUGAUCAAUGUACAAGGGAGGGAAUCAGGUGGAAGUAAUGGUGACUCCAUUGUGGGGAUUACCUUUCCCGGUGGAGGUGUUUCGUUUUAGCAGGUAUGAUUCCAUGUUUGGUAUAAGUAUGGGCCGCAUAUGCAUAAGUUUCCUAUAGGCU